AUGUCGCCAUUCGAAGGGAAAACUUUAAAAGAAGUUGAUAACGACACUGUGACGUCACAGGUAUUUCAAUCUUACCCUCAAAAGUCUUAAAGUUAAAAAUUUACAGGUUCCCGUUGAAAAACCGCUCGGACCAACUGGAAAACGAGUCGAUUACAUCACGUGGCAUCAAAAUCACAUGUGUUUGGCUCGAAUGUUAGCAGGAAUGAGUCCGAAAAGCGAAAAAAGGCCGACCGGAUGCUAUAUUGUCGAUUCGGAUCAUUACACCGUCACUUCAGGCUAUUCUGGAGGUGAAUUCUACUAAAAGUCUAUUGAAAACUCGAAAUUACGUUCAGAACUGCCAAAAUCAUCUGAAUUCUGCUCCGACGCCGUCAGCGUGGCCCUUAAGAAGCUCGAAUCAAAGGGACAGAGUGCCGAAGGAUGCCUGAUUUACACGACGAACUUUCCAGAGUGCCGAAAGUGUGCCGAACGAAUUCGGGCGUCGAAAAUAGCGAAAAUCUGGUUCUGGAGUGAUUCUGAAACAGAAGACGUCGAAGUGAAGCGAUUGCUCGGCGAAAUUUGCGAGAAAUUCGUGCCAACCCAAAUAGUAACCAUAGAUUUCCGGGAAAUUCAAUAA